AUGAUAAAACCAAAUACUCAAUUGGGACGACUUUCUGCUUUCCAGACUUCUCGCUCAUGGGCAGAGCAAGAUCCAUGCAUAGGCCGGCACGAAGGUUGGUGCAAUCGCAGUGUGAAGGACAAAAUAGGAGAUUAUUGCUGGUGGUACUUCAGCCUCCCCUGGCCAGGUGGCAAGCCCACCGUGCAUGCAGAGCUCAGGCAGACGACACAGCAAGAAGUUUGCCGAUUGGACUCCAGUUUCAGCGGAGCCAGUUAUCAUCUGAUUGUUGCAUACAGGCAGCGUAUAGCCGGUGCCGCCAGUCAGUAUAAAGUUUUAAAUAUAUACACAUAA